AAAAUGAAGAUGCUGCCCAAAAGACAGAAUCUGCAGAGCAGCUGAUUGAUUCAUUGGAGUCCAGGGCUUCGCAGAGCAGGUCACAGAUUGGGUCACCCUUGAGUGUGCUUGCAACAGAGGAUUCGAAGCAAGAAGCUGGCACUUUGGAGGACCAGAAAGGGGCUGAACUAGGAGAGAAGGUGCCCGAUCAAAUCCAGUCCCUCAAAGAGGAAUCUGUUGUCCGGCUAACCAACUACCAUGUGCAAGGAACAGGGGAUAUCGUCAUGAUUCAGUCAGAUCAUACUGGUGCUGUGGAUAUCCUUUCAGCUGAGCUGGAGACUGCAGACCUCCUUGGGGAGCAGAGGAAAGUUCAGCCUCCCUCUCUGGCUCCCCCCACCAUGUGGACCACUGAGAAGAUGAAGGAAUUCAAAGCCAAGAUGGGAAAGGAGAAGAAUGGCCAGAUGGUAGUGAAGCGAGGCGAGGUGGUGACAGUCCGUGUGCCAACCCAUCCUAACGGGAAAUGCAUUUGCUGGGAGUUUGCUACAGAUGACUAUGACAUUGGGUUUGGAGUCUAUUUUGACUGGACCACAGUUACUAGCACUGCCAUUACUGUUCAGGUCAGCGAAUCCAGUGAUGAGGAGGAUGAAGAGGAGGAGGAGGAAAUUGAAGGACUAGCCCCUGUUGGUGAUGUGGAAAGGGGCUCCAAAAGCUACCUGCGGAACCGUUACGGAGAGAUCAUGCCUGUAUAUCGGAGGAACAGCCAUCGGGAGGUGCAGGCAGGCAGCCAUGAAUACCCAGGCGAAGGCAUCUACCUGCUGAAAUUUGACAACUCGUAUUCUCUCCUCCGCAAUAAAACUCUGUUCUUUCAUGUCUACUACACCAGCUGAAGAAAUAGGAAGCAGCAGGGAUGGCAGAUGGGCAGUGGUGAGUGUAGCAGGCUGCCACCCAGCCCUGGUGUACUGCCUGAUGGGCGCUGCUGCGUGACUGAACCAAGGCACAAUUCUGCUGGCUCCUCUUCAGACACUAACUGGUUUCUUCCCACACCCUCCUUCCCUCCUGUCCCAUUGGAGAAAGGUAGCUGUGACU